GGGGCGGGGUCUUUGGGUGGCGAACAGGAAAAGAAAGCGGGAGGACGUUCGAAAGCAAAACGAUGGCUGCGAUUCGCAAGAAGCUGGUGAUCGUCGGAGACGGAGCGUGUGGAAAGACCUGUCUUCUCAUCGUUUUUAGUAAGGACCAGUUUCCUGAGGUCUACGUCCCCACAGUGUUUGAGAAUUACGUCGCAGAUAUUGAGGUAGACGGUAAACAGGUGGAGCUGGCACUGUGGGACACGGCAGGACAGGAAGACUAUGACAGACUGAGGCCACUCUCCUACCCCGACACGGAUGUCAUCCUCAUGUGCUUCUCCAUUGACAGCCCUGACAGUCUGGAGAACAUUCCAGAGAAAUGGACACCGGAGGUGAAGCACUUCUGUCCGAAUGUUCCCAUCAUCCUGGUGGGAAACAAAAAGGACCUUCGGAACGAUGAGCACACACGGAGGGAGCUUGCCAAGAUGAAACAGGAGCCUGUUAAAGCAGAAGAGGGCAGAGACAUGGCCAACCGCAUCAACGCCUCCGGUUAUCUAGAGUGUUCUGCCAAAACUAAAGAUGGCGUGAGGGAAGUGUUUGAAAUGGCCACCAGGGCGGCGCUGCAGGCCAAGAAACGUAGCAAGAAGAACGCUUGCGCUCUCCUAUAAAGGAGGAUGAGGGAAUAAACGAGGGAGUGGGGGAGGGAGGGACAGAAAUACAGGCCACAGAUAGGGAGAGAUUCAGAAGUGAAGGGUGGAGAGAGCGAGAUAGAAAGAGACACCUAGGGGUUAGAUAAGCACCCGGGGGCAAGUCAUUUACUACUUACGCAGGCCAAAUGACCCAAAGAGUGUGGGGUAACAAUGUAAAAGGGAUUGAGUUGUUUUCCCCCCGUGACACGCACUGUUCCCAUAGCAACGUUCUCGAGUGCGAUCAGUCAUGUGCUUCAUCAGCUGUCUAGAAGCAAGGAGGAUGCAAGCAUGUGGUUUAAUUAAGGGAACUGCGCAUUACACACACACACACACACACACACUCACUCACUGUAGUGGUGUUUAACAUGAUCAGUGCUGUAAUCUCACACACUCUGAAGUCCACUCAGUGAUUUGGAGUUUAAUCGCUCCAGAGUAAAGAGCAUUUAGCAGUAACAAUACUAACGCCUCACUUUUUAUACGCUCCAUUACGUACUGUAACAUUUUAAAAGCUGUUUCGGGUCGAUUAGAGCUCGGCACGUUACACUGAAGACGACUCGGACCUGCAGCUCCAGAUGUGCACCAUCUGUCACUGUUCAGCUGUAAUGACGGCGCGUCUCAGAGUUUUCAUUAUGUUUUAUAUAUAUAUAUAUAUUUUUUGUUUGUUUGUUUUCUGGUGUUGUUAGGUUGUUGUUGUUGUUUUUUUUUCUACUUCCUGUCUGUGCUGUGUGCUUUAACAGCUAUGUGACAUUCUGCUGGCUUUUUCUGCAUCACUUUCAUUUAUUCUAUAAAAAAAAAAAAAAAAAAGUUUUAAGAUAGUCAAAAACCAAUCAGGAUCUUUUUUUUAUAGUUGUUUAAUGCCAUGCUAUAAAACACAAGAGAUUUCUGUAGGGAUUCUGCAUUUUGUCGUUCUAAAAUGAAAAAAAGCUUUCGACGCAUCAGCGAUCUUUUGUAUACAAAAGCAGACGGAAAAUAAACUUUGUGUAACUCUG